AUGCCUGGCGAGCUAAAACAGAAGCUUCUUCGAUUGGAAGAAGACGGACAAAAUGCCUACGGUUUCCUAGCUUCCGACGAGAAAUCUAGCACGAGCAGAUUGACAGAACCUUUGGAUACGCCAUCCCCAGAUUUUCAGCUGCAAAAGACAACACCCAAAUGGGUACAUUUCGUUGCUGGAGGAAUCGGAGGAAUGGUUGGUGCCGUUGUGACCUGUCCUCUUGAUGUUGUGAAAACAAGAUUGCAGUCAGAUUCAUAUCAUGAGGCUUACAACAAGGUCCCCAAGUCUCGAAAUCCCCUUAUGAAAGGCCUACAGCAUUUUGGCGAAACAUGCGGGGUCAUCCUGUCGAUUUACAGAAACGAAGGAGGAAGAGCUUUGUUUCGUGGUUUGGGCCCAAAUCUUGUGGGUGUGAUCCCGGCCAGGUCGAUCAACUUUUUCACUUAUGGUGCCUCCAAGGAGAUUUUUCUGAAACAUUUCAACAACGGUCAAGAAGCGACAUGGAUCCACUUGGCAGCUGGUUUGAGUGCUGGAUUUGUGACUUCUACUGCCACCAACCCAAUUUGGUUGAUCAAAACUAGACUUCAGUUGGAUAAGACAAGGGGAAAGCACUAUAAGAAUUCCUUGGACUGUUUCAAGUAUGUCGUGAAAAACGAAGGCUUCUUCAGUUUGUACAAAGGCUUAAGUGCUUCCUAUUUGGGUGGAAUCGAGUCAACUUUGCAAUGGGUUUUGUAUGAGCAAAUGAAGUCGUUUCUACAUCGGAAAUCGGUCGAGAUUCAUGGUCGGGAUGGAAAAACAAAAACAACAAGAGACCAUGUCCUUGAGUGGUGCGCUCGUUCGGGUGCAGCUGGUGCUGCCAAAUUCUGUGCCUCUUUACUUACCUAUCCCCAUGAAGUGGUAAGAACCAGAUUGAGACAGGCACCUUUGGCAGAAACCGGAAAGCCAAAGUACACCGGAUUGAUCCAGUGUUUCAAACUAAUCAUAAAAGAAGAAGGGUUCAGCAGUAUGUAUGGAGGCUUGACGCCGCAUUUGCUUCGAACUGUUCCAAACUCCAUCAUUAUGUUUGGUACGUGGGAAUUGAUUGUUCGAGUUCUCUCUUAA